CCGGGGCUCCGCCGCCCGCGCCCCGCCGCGGUGCCCCGCGGCUGCCCAGCCGGCCCCGGCCCCGGCCCCGGCCCCGGCCCCGCCAGGUUGAGGACGUUUGGGAGCUGUUUGGUGGAAGCGGCCAUGUCGCGAGCGACUCACCCGCCCGCCUUCCCGGUGGUUUUCCACCUCCUGAGCGUCGUGGUGGUGUUGCUCUUCCAUGCCGAGGGCGUAUGCGCGGAGAGCCCGAGCGAAGAGCCGGCGAACGAGACCGAGGAGUGCACUGGCUCCUACAUCUGCAAGAAAGGCGUGAUUUUACCGAUAUGGGAACCCCAAGACCCCUCGUUUGGUGACAAAAUCGCUCGGGCAACCGUGUAUUUUGUAGCGAUGGUGUACAUGUUCCUGGGAGUAUCCAUCAUAGCCGACCGCUUCAUGUCCUCCAUUGAAGUCAUUACAUCUCAAGAGCGGGAGAUAACCAUCAAGAAGCCCAACGGCGAGACCAGCAAAACCACAGUGAGGAUCUGGAAUGAGACUGUCUCCAACCUCACACUGAUGGCCUUGGGCUCGUCGGCCCCCGAGAUCCUCCUGUCAGUCAUUGAAGUGUGUGGUCACGGCUUCACGGCGGGGGACUUGGGGCCGAGCACGAUUGUGGGGAGCGCCGCGUUUAACAUGUUUGUCAUCAUUGCGAUCUGUGUUUACGUUGUUCCUGACGGAGAGAUAAGGAAGAUCAAGCACUUGCGAGUGUUUUUUGUUACAGCAGCCUGGAGCAUCUUUGCCUACACUUGGCUUUAUAUUAUUUUAUCUGUGUCGUCUCCUGGGAUUGUGGAAGUUUGGGAAGGCUUGCUCACUUUCUUCUUCUUCCCUAUCUGUGUGGUGUUUGCCUGGAUAGCUGACAGGAGGCUUUUAUUUUACAAGUACGUCUACAAGAAAUACCGGGCUGGCAAGCAGAGAGGCAUGAUCAUCGAACACGAGGGUGACCGACCCUCCUCCAAAGCUGAUAUCGAGAUGGACGGAAAGGUGGCCAAUUCUCACGUGGAGAACUUCUUGGACGGGACACUGGUGUUGGCAGUCGAUGAGAAAGACCAGGACGAUGAGGAAGCCAGGAGGGAAAUGGCUCGAAUCCUGAAGGAGCUGAAACAAAAGCACCCCGACAAGGAAAUUGAGCAGCUUAUCGAGCUGGCCAACUACCAGGUCCUGAGCCAGCAGCAGAAGAGCAGGGCCUUUUACCGCAUUCAGGCCACGCGGCUCAUGACCGGAGCUGGCAACAUCUUGAAGAGACACGCUGCAGACCAGGCCCGCAAAGCUGUCAGCAUGCACGAGGUCAACAGCGAGGUGGCAGAAAAUGAUCCCAUCAGCAAGCUCUACUUUGAGCAGGGCACCUAUCAGUGCCUGGAGAACUGUGGCACCGUCGCCUUGACCAUCAUUCGCCGAGGAGGCGACUUGACCAACACUGUGUACGUUGACUUCCGGACAGAGGACGGGACGGCCAACGCUGGCUCUGACUAUGAGUUCACCGAAGGGACGGUAGUCUUCAAGCCUGGGGAGACCCAGAAGGAAAUCCGGGUCGGCAUAAUUGAUGAUGACAUUUUCGAGGAGGACGAGAAUUUCCUGGUCCAUCUCAGCAAUGUCCGUGUGAGCACUGAGGCCUUGGAUGAGAGCAUUCUCGAGGCUGGUCGUGUCUCUACGCUCGCUUGCCUUGGCUCGCCAUCUACUGCCACCGUCACCAUCUUUGAUGAUGACCACGCUGGCAUCUUUACCUUUGAGGAGCCAGUCACGCACGUCAGCGAGAGCGUGGGGACCAUGGAAGUGAAAGUUCUGCGAACCUCUGGCGCACGAGGAAAUGUUAUUGUGCCCUACAAAACCAUCGAAGGUACGGCCAAAGGUGGAGGAGAGGACUUCGAAGACACCUGUGGGGAGCUGGAGUUCCAGAACGACGAGAUAGUCAAAACGAUAUCAAUCAAGGUGAUAGAUGAUGAGGAGUAUGAGAAAAACAAGACCUUCUACCUAGAGAUCGGGGAGCCCCGGCUGGUGGAGAUGAGUGAGAAGAAAGCCCUGUUGUUGAAUGAGCUUGGCGGCUUCACGGUCACAGGGAAGCUGCGGCACGGCCGGCCCGUCUUCAGGAAGGUCCAGCCUAGAGAGCGGCCUCUUCCUCGCGCCGUGGUCGCCAUCCGAGAGGAGAGCGAGGAGAAGCAGCCGCUGACCAGCAAGGAGGAGGAGGAGCGCCGGAUCGCCGAGAUGGGCCGCCCGGUCCUGGGGGAGCACGCCAAGCUCGAGGUCAUCAUCGAGGAGUCCUACGAGUUCAAGAACACGGUGGACAAGCUCAUCAAGAAGACGAACCUGGCCCUGGUGGUUGGGACGAACAGCUGGAGGGAGCAGUUUAUCGAGGCCAUUACCGUCAGUGCUGGGGAAGAUGACGAUGAUGAUGAAUGUGGGGAGGAGAAGCUGCCCUCCUGCUUCGACUACGUGAUGCACUUUCUGACCGUCUUCUGGAAGGUCCUUUUUGCCUUUGUGCCCCCGACAGACUACUGGAACGGCUGGGCCUGCUUCGUCGUCUCCAUCCUCAUGAUCGGCCUCCUGACAGCUUUCAUCGGCGACCUGGCCUCCCAUUUCGGCUGCACCAUCGGCUUGAAGGACUCCGUGACCGCCGUCGUGUUUGUCGCGCUGGGGACGUCCGUGCCAGACACGUUCGCCAGCAAAGUGGCAGCGACGCAGGACCAGUACGCGGAUGCCUCCAUCGGCAACGUCACCGGCAGCAACGCCGUGAACGUUUUCCUGGGCAUCGGGGUGGCCUGGUCCAUCGCGGCCAUCUACCACGCGGCGCACGGACAAGCCUUCCACGUCUCGCCCGGCACCCUGGCCUUCUCCGUCACCCUCUUCACCAUCUUCGCUUUCAUCAGCGUGGGCGUGCUGCUCUACCGGCGGAGGCCCGAGAUCGGAGGUGAGCUGGGCGGGCCGCGGACUUCCAAGCUGCUCACGUCCUCGCUCUUCAUCCUCCUGUGGCUCUUGUACAUAUUCUUCUCAUCUCUGGAAGCCUACUGCCACAUAAAGGGCUUCUAAAGGAACAAUCGGAGAUAGUAAAUAUAUAUAUAUCUAUAUGUAUCUAUAUAGAGCAAUAUAUAGGUAUAGAUAUAGAUAUAACGCUGUGUAUAAUGAACAGAGAAAGAAUAAAAGAGGUUUGCCAUGUUCACACACCUGCUGAUGGAAAACGGCUUUGGAGCGUUCUUUGAACCAGACGGGACCCCAAAGCCGGCAGCGCCCCGGCCGGGGGCAGCGGCCCCGACGCCGGGUCCCCGCCGCGACGCCACCGCCGAGGGCAGCCGAGGAGCGCCCGAAUCCUCUCCGCUCGCCGGACGCGGCCGGGCGAGGAGAGCGGGCACGGACUCCCGACAGGACAUCCGCCGGCCGCCGCCGCUCGGGACCGGCCCCGUCGACGAGGAGCCGGAGACCGGACUGGAGGAACGGGGAGCCUGGGGGCUUUCUGAGGAUAAACCACAACCUUCUCCGUCGUUUGAUUUUUUUUUUUUCCUUUUAAUUUAAUUUUAUUUUGGGGUUUUUUUUUCCCGCUCGUUCAUUCGUGCGUGCGUUCGUCCCGUCCCGGCGUGUGUACGGUUAGCGUUUCUCCCUGCAGCCCUCCCCACGCCCCCCCGUGCCGCGGGGACGCCCUCCGGGGCGCUGCGGGCUUCCCCGCCGCGGUGCCCCCGCCGCGCGCGCCUCUUCAGGCAUGCCGUCGUGGUGCUUGUAGCGCUUUGCAUGACCGAAACGACCCUACCUGUAUAUAGCAUCCCCUAGCGCGAGUCCCUCCGGCCGCGUGGGCUGAGCGCCGCGGACACGAGUGCCUCCCUUUCGCCUGCCUUUAUUUAUUUUCGGGUCCUUGAGUUCCUCCGCAGCGUGCCGUUGGGCCGGGUCCUCCGCCGGCGGGGAGAGGAGGCAACGCUCGCCCCGGGGAGCGAGAGCAGCCGGAGCGGUCCGGGCGCUGCCGCCUCCUGUGAAGGAGAGGGAAAGGGAGAGGGAAAAGGAGAGGGAAAGGGAGAGGGAAAAGGAGAGGGAAAGGGAGAGGGAAAAGGAGAGGGAAGGCCGGACCCGCAGCGCCCUGAGCGUCCGCCGGUGAUGUCUUCCAGCCUGGCCGGACACGCUGCCCGACACCGGUGCGAUAAUGGGGGCGGGUUGUUGCACACUCACGUUGAACAACCGGUGGGAAUUUGGGUUACCCGGCUGUAAGAUUUCCUCUAGGAGCAUUAGGAUUUUUUAUAAUUAUUAUUAUUCUUCCCCCCCCCCCCCUUGUCAAACCUUUGCACUUCUGAAGGGGUCGCGGGGCUCUCCUGCCGUCUCUCUCGCGCCGGGGCUUCGGGGGCAGAAGCGGAGGCGGCCGCAGGCUCUUCAUGAUCCGGCCGGCCCUCGUGUGCAACGACCCCGUUUCCGUUCGUUCGGCUUCCUCAAGUUUCCGUUGUAUCGCCCACCGCCGUCGGCAGCGAGCCCACGCAUUGUGAUGAUCCUUAGCAAUGGUACACGGUGCACAGCCAAAUAAAGUUUGUAAUGACUCCC